CGAAAUGUACACUCGCGCCGCCAAUGGGCGUCUGCCACCUCCGCGCGAUUCUUUUGGCACCGAGUGUCCGAUUUGGGACGGGACUCGUCUCGACUGCGCUCGAGCGGAGCAGCUUGACUGGACCAUCGUAUCGAGGUUUUGUGUGAGAGCGCACGGGCACGGGGAAGGCUUGGUUGGAGUGCAGAGGCGGAGGCGCGCUAGACGAGUCGCCCCUUCGUUUUGCGCUGCAGCUGCAGCUGGGAAGUCAUUGCGUACACGGUUGAGCGAUACACGCAGCGCGUGGAUUUUGUCUUUGGUUAGUCGAUGAGUUUAUCAGGAACAGGGCCUGGUGGCAGCGGAGGUGGUAUGAAAACUGGCGAGCCUUCGACGGGCAGGUGGGUCUUGAAAGUUGGAGGUGCUGGCGCAGGCGCGUGCGAGAAGCGCUGGGUGGUUUCGUAGUUGGGCUCUUGGGAGUGUGGCAGUCGGGAGCUGAUUUUGCCUCUUCAUUGCAGCAGCACAGCGCGCGAGGGACGCGGAGACCUUAGGCUGGGCUCGUGCCGGUACGAUUUGCGUCGGGGGAAUUGGGACGGAUUUUAUGCGGCGGCGGAGGAAGAAGCGCGGCUGAGAGCAUCUUGACGGGCAAUUCUUGACGAGCAUGGAUUCUUUGGAUGGCGAAGAGUCGAAGUGUUGCUCUCGUGCACGAGCCUGAGGCAGAGAGAAGCGUGUUUGUGAGGAUUUCCGUGGGAGGUUUAUAAUAUUGCUCGUAGGACUUUUCUAAACUCUAGACCCUGCGAGUAGACAAUUGUAGGCCAGGACGGGAGGUCGAGAGGAAAGUCGACACAGAAUUGGGCGCGGUUCGUGAGUUCGUGUUUCGAAGCGAAGCGACUGGUGCGUUAUCUCUGCGAGUUGGAUGACGAAACCAAGAAUUGAGGAAGGGGCGCACCCAAUGGAGCUAGACAGCGACGACAGCCCUACGGAGUUGCCGACCGCGGCUGGGACAUGGUUCCCGUAUGUGAACCAAGUGGUUGAGGGCGAUGCUCUGCCGAGUGCUGGGAGUAAGCCAGGAAAAAUGAAGGCCAGAGCAAGAGCAAGGGCCAAGGAUAAACCUGCAGCCAGAAGCGGUUUGGACUGUGGGUCGCCCAGUGCACCUCCUGCCCCUGCUAGGAAGUCACAACGAGCGCGUCAAGUCCCGGUCAAGUUUCGAGCUCUCGUGCCGAGGCCCUUAUGCCAGAAAGCGGUGCCGGCUUUUGUGCAUCCUCCGAACGCCAGUGGUAUACAAUCCCUCCAGGUUCCUCACAGCCUCAUGGUGCCCUUCCCCCCAAUCCCUGUUCCUACUCCACCCGUUAGUAGUGCAGUGUCUCCUCCAUCUCCUCCUGCUUCUGGUUCGCUUCAUUUCUCAACCUUUCCCCGGAUAAUUGAUCAAGCUUCGCGGCCUACCAGCCUGCCAGCUGCUACUCCUGCUGUUGCUACUCCCAGGUCGCGGUCGGUACCUGCGGAACGCCGUCGGGUUGCAGGAGCAAAUAAGCGAGGUGCUGCUGCGCGUAAAAAACCAUCACCACGUCCUAGCCGAGCUCAAGCAUUUGCUCCUGCCUUUCAGAUCCCAUGUUCUCAUUCUCCGAAUGGAAUUGCUCAGCGAACGCCAGCUGCAUGUUCAUGUUUUUCUGUUGCCUCCCAAAAUGUUGGUUUGUCACCUGGGGGAACAUUAACAUCUUGUGGCCCCAGCUGUCCCUUGACAAGGUUACUUGCUUCCAGUUUUGAACCCUGUGGGGGCUUGCACAUAAGUGCUCCACCUUCGCCUGCUUCUGUCUCGUACCGUAGCGAACAACUACCUAGUCUCAGUAGAGGUGAUGGAGCCUCAACUUCGAGUCCUCCCUGCGGUGAAAAGGUUGGUGCUUCUUCAUUCCAGCGUCCUCAUUCUGCAAGGAAACCACCGCUUUAUCCUCAUGGGUACCGCACAAGUAUAGGAAAGAAUCUUCCAGCUCCUCUCGUCCUUUCUCGAAGUUUUGCUCGUGUACCUCCUCCUCCCAGUCACGAAAGAUUUCCCAUAAUUCCAAGCCGAGCUUCUCUCAACAACCGCCCCCUCGGCUUUCCUAAACCAAUGAUCUCCAAUUCUCAGUCUGUGCCCUGGCUAGUACCUCCACCACAGGAUUCAUCCCAGCAGAACGGUGGAGAGGGCAGUCCUGGACAAACACGCAGUCAGCAAAAGAGAAGACUGCGGUCCAUGAGGGAUGGUUUGGGCAAGAAGCUUCAGAACCUACUGCAACAGAUGCAGGGUGGCCAGCGUCACACAACGACGCCAUUGAAACAAAUCAUCAUAACUGAAGAGCAACGAAUCGACCUUGUGAACCAAAUGAUUGAGCUUUGUCGCGAGAACCCUGGUUUCAGGUCAAGAUAUUUAGAUGCGGUGAAGAUGCUGUCGAUUUUUGGUGUGCUCCAGACUUCUUCUUAUCACUUGAUUGCUCAGGGAAGGAGUACAGCCGCUCAAGAGGUACUCAAUGCUUAUAAAAAUCAACAAUCUCAAAACAAUGAGAGUUCUGCAUCAGCGUCCAUCAAUUUUUACAAUGCUGUGAACAAGGUUCAUGAAGAAGGCGAUGUAGCGAUGCAGAAACUACCCAAUCUGAAGGAAGCAGGUUCUUGUUCUUUAAGUAAAAGAAACGAUGGUGCUUGGUGUAUCACCCUUCCUGAUGAAAAGAAGAGAAAGCUGAACGGAUAGUUACUGAUGAAAAGAAGAGGAAGCACAACGGAUGACUUCACAAAAGCAUAGAGUAGAUGGUUUCUUCUUAGCAAUAGGUGAAUCAACUUGGUAGCCUUGCACUGUGCCCUAUAACAAGUAAGUCAACUUGCAGGGAACAUGUUUGGAAUACAGAAAAUUGCUCAGGAGCCUUGUCCUCAAGAGUUGCCUCGUAAAUGGUUUCCAAAUGGUUUCCACGGCUCUUCCGGCUAUGAAAUUCUUAUUUGAGGCAGAUGUGACAAGAUCCUGUAGAACGGAAUGGAGUAGCACUCAAAUAGUGCUUUGGUGUAUAGUUUUGGAGUAGGUAGAUUGAGUGAGGUUGCAAAAGCCACUCAUACUCAAAUGAGAAGGCUAGGACCUCUCUCUGGCAUAUGCGCUGCAUUGAUGAAACAAGAAUUUCCAAUGACAGAAAUUUUACUUUUCUGUUCAAGUCUUU